GUGGGGGAGCCGCCCGCAGGAGAAGGGGCCCCGCCCGCGCCGGCCCUGGAGUCGCCGGUGUCGCCGCCCUGCCCGCGGGCCCGCCCUCCUGGCCCAGCCCAGGGCCCUGGGAGCUAUUUUGAAAGUGACCCUGGGCUGGGGCGCCGGGGCGAGCGCGGCGGCGCGGAACCAUGACAGAAGAUGACCGAGGCGGCGCUGGUGGAGGGCCAGGUCAAGCUGCGGGACGGCAAGAAGUGGAAGAGUAGGUGGCUGGUGCUGCGCAAGCCAUCGCCCGUGGCAGACUGCCUGCUGAUGCUGGUCUACAAGGACAAGUCGGAGCGCACCAAGGGCCUGCGGGAGCGCAGCAGCCUGACGCUAGAGGACAUCUGCGGGCUGGAGCCCGGCCUGCCCUACGAGGGCCUGGCCCACACGCUGGCCAUUGUCUGCCUGUCCCAGGCCAUCAUGCUGGGCUUCGACAGCCACGAGGCCAUGUGUGCGUGGGAUGCCCGGAUCCGCUAUGCGCUCGGCGAGGUGCACAGGUUCCAUGUGACAGUGGCUCCAGGCACCAAGUUGGAGAGCGGCCCAGCUACCCUGCACCUCUGCAAUGACGUCCUCGUCUUGGCCAGGGACAUCCCGCCGGCUGUCACGGGGCAGUGGAAGCUGUCCGACCUCCGGCGCUACGGGGCCGUACCAAGCGGAUUCAUCUUUGAAGGCGGGACCAGGUGUGGGUACUGGGCUGGCGUCUUCUUCCUGUCCUCGGCCGAGGGGGAGCAGAUCAGCUUCCUGUUCGACUGCAUCGUCCGAGGCAUCUCCCCCACCAAGGGCCCCUUUGGGCUGCGGCCGGUUCUCCCAGACCCAAGUCCCCCGGGACCCUCUACCGUGGAGGAGCGUGUGGCCCAGGAAGCCCUGGAAGCCCUGCAGCUGGAGAAGCGGCUGAGCCUCCUCUCACACGCGGGCAGGCCGGGCAGUGGAGGGGAUGACCGCAGCCUGUCCAGCUCAUCCUCGGAGGCCAGUCACUUGGACGUCAGCGCCAGCAGCCGGCUCACCGCAUGGCCAGAGCAAUCCUCGUCAUCGGCCAGCACGUCGCAGGAGGGGCCUAGACCAGCAGCUGCCCAGGCCCCCGGGGAAGCCAUGCUGGGUGCCUCAAGGCCACCCCCCAAGCCGCUGCGGCCGCGGCAGCUGCAGGAGGUCGGCCGCCAGAGCUCCUCGGACAGCGGCAUCGCCACUGGCAGCCACUCCUCUUACUCCGGCAGCCUCUCGUCCUAUGCGGGCAGCAGCCUGGACGUGUGGCGGGCCACAGACGAACUGGGCUCACUGCUCAGCCUGCCAGCAGCGGGGGCCCCCGAGCCCAGCCUGUGCACCUGCCUGCCCGGGGCAGUCGAGUACCAGGUGCCCACCUCUCUGCGGCCCCACUACGACACACCACGCAGCCUUCGCCUGGCUCCCAGGGACCACAGCCCCGCCUCGCGGGGCAGCCCCGGCGACAGUGCGGCCGGGGACUCAGGUGGCCAGACGUCCGCCGGGUGUCCCUCUGGCUGGCUGGGCACGAGACGGCGGGGCCUGGUGACGGAGGCCCCCCAGGGCAGCGAAGCCACACUGCCUGGCCCGGCCCCCGGCGAGCCCUGGGAAGCAGGCGGCCCCCACGCGGGCCCACCCCCGGCUUUCUUUUCGGCAUGUCCAGUCUGUGGAGGACUCAAGGGAGUGGCCGCCUCAGCCCCGGGACCUGCGACAGCACAUUCAGGAUCCCCAGGGCCAGAGACGCCGCGUGGCGAGUCGCCCACUUAUGUGAACAUCCCCAUCAGCCCCUCCUCCAGAAAGCAGCUGCACUACAUGGGCCUGGAGCUCCAGGAGGCCAGUGAGGGUGUCCGAGGGGCUGGCGCCUCCCUCUACGCCCAGAUUGACAUCACGGCCACUGAGACGGCGCACAGAGUGGGGGCGCGACACGCACGGGCCCGGGAGGAGCAGCUGUUGGAGCUGGAGCAGAGGAAGGCAGCCCCACAGUGAGGUCACAGCACCAGGAGUGGACCGCAAACCCGGCGUACUGUGCCGCCCCGCGGCCCCUGGCAGGCCGGCCCCUUCUGUUGGCCGUGGCCUGGUCCCCAGGGAGCCCCCAGUCGCAGCAGCAGGCAUGGCCAGUCAGAGUUGCUCUGGACCCCAGGCCGACGGAGGCCCUGCUUCCAGGCAUCAGGCAGCUCUGGUCGCUGCUGUGGCGUCUCAGGCAGAGGCCGCUGCCCAGGAGUGAGUUUGGGAGCAUGGUUUGUGGUGCCUGGGAUGCAAACUGCCCUCUCACCCUGGGGCUGACUGCAUGGAUGACAGCCGUGUCCUGGCAAAAUGCUUAUCCCUUCACCUGGGUGUUAUGGCCCUGCAGAGCCAGGCCCCAGUGCCCACUCCCCAGUGCCCACUCCCACUGUCGGCACCACGCCCGCUCCUGAAACUGGCGGCUCGGACACUCCUGGCGUCCUCUCCCCGCCUCCUGGCCGUCCUGCCUGGACCACCACCACCCUGCACCUGGGGACGGAGCCUGGACUCUCCCAGCCUCCUGGCUGCUCCACUUCUUGGGACCUAUUACAGCCAGUCAUGUAAAGAGCUUAAACUUGUGACUGUUCUGUUUC